CAAAGAGUGCAAAGUAAGUUAACAGCUCAUCGAGUUAACGUUUCAUAAUGAACUGUUCAGCUAUGGUAAAUAGUCUUGCCAUCUGGCUGACUGUUUAGUUUGUUUCUUUAUCGGUUUAACCUUUUAACUACUUUGAACAAUUAAACGUUCGCUGCUGCUGUUAGCUGCCAGCUAGCAUGGUAAAGUGACUGGCCCUGCAAAAAGACAUUGAUAAGCUGUUCCAGCUCAGCCAAACCCUUGACAAGCCAGCGGUCUUUUGCCUUGGGGAGAAAAUGAAGAUGAAGGAAGAGCUGAGUCAGGAGAAAUGUGUUAAGAAGGGGAAGAAAAACAAGAAAGUAAAAGCCUCUCCGCUGGAAAAUAACAACAUAACUGAUGAAGAUGGGAGCCAAGUUGUUAUGAAAAAAGAAAAGAAGGAAAAGAAAAGUAAAAAAGUUGAUAUUAUUGUUAUAGAUUCAGAAGAGGAGUCUUCGGAUGUCACCACCGACAAGAUAGAGAAGAAGAAAAAAAAAAAGAAGAAGGUUGUUUCUGAAACUCUAAAUGGUGUCAAUGGUUCUGACGCCAAGAAAGAAAAUGACAAUCAAAUCAGUAUAAAGAAGAAGCAGAAGAAGAAGCAGGUGGAAACGGAAGAGUUCAGUUCAGUGAAAGAAGAGGAAGUAGAAAAGAAACAGAAGAAAAAGAAAGCCAAAAAUAAGUCUGAGCAGAUGAAAUCAGAAAAUGAGGAGGAGGGUGAAAAGCAUGCUGUAAAGGAUCAUUUGCAGAAGAAAGCCAAGAAGCGAAAACACAUUUUAGUAGUAAGUACAGAGGAGAUUGAGGAGCAAGUUAAAGGAAAGAAAAAGAAAACCAUUGAACCUGUAGAUGGUGACACAAAAAAUAAAAAGUCCAAAGUGGAUACAAAUGGAGUGAUGUUGGAAACACCAGAGGGAGAAGAGGCUAAGGUGAAAAAAAGAAGGACAUCGGCUGAUAGUGAAGAAGAUGGAAGUGAAUUAGGAACAAUCCAAAACAAAGUUAACAACAAAAAGAGCAAAGAAGCAUCAGAAGAAAAGGUACUCAAAAAAAAGAAAGAAAAAUCUGCAGAGAGUAUUGUCAUCGACGAAGUUGAGACGGAGCCAAAGACCAAAGGAAAAAAAGAAAAGCGUAGACAAGCUUCUGUGGAGGUCAGUGAAGUAGAGGACACAGAGCCGAAGAAGAAGAAAAGGGGAAAGGGAGAGGAGGAAGAAGCAUCAGAACUCAAAUGUGAAGAAGUUCAGGAGCACUGUAGUGAACCUGCAGGAAAGAAGAAGAAGAAGAAGAAAAGCUCCACUGAGGAGGAAACCCCGGUGGAGAAUGUGAGUUAUUUAACUAGUGCCGAAAAGAAGAAGAUUAAAGAAGAGCCGGAAGACCAACAUGAACCAGACAACGUCCUGGACGUGGUCUUCCUGUCCGAGAAAACAGGAAACGCUGAUGAGGUCAACAUCAACCAGGAAAGAAGACAGUCUUUACAAAUGGAGGUCGACAACGCCUCCAAACCUCCGGCCAAACCAACGGGCCUCGGCCAGUGGAGCACCGCAGAGUUCAACAGCUCUGAGAAGCAGCAGAAGUUCCUCCGGUUGAUGGGCGGCUUCAAAAAGGGUUUCCAGCCGGCAUCGGACAGCAGCGGGGCAGCAAACAUGGCACUGGGGAAGGGCGCACAGGAACAGCUGCAGCAAGGGCUUGUGGGAGAGUUUGAACGUGCACAGUCGCGUAGGAUUGACUUCAGUAACAGGGGCACCGGACUCGGGUUCACUCCAGCUUCGAACAAGAAGUUCUCCAUUGACAUCCAUUCAAGCCGAUCAGUUCGCUUUGAUGAUUGAUCCAAAUGUGUAUGUGAAUAGGUAUAAUCUUGAAAACAUGUGUGGAUGGUUGUGCAAACGUAUCACAAAAUAAUAUUAUAACUUAGAAAUGUUUAUAGUUUUUUAUUUUGCAAACUUCCAGACAGAAUGGAAAAAUGUCUGCUUACAUAUUGUCGGCUCAUUCAUUUCAUUUUGACAAUCUUCUGUAAACCAAGAGAAAUAUCUGACUAACAUCCAGUCCAGCUGUGACGCUGAUUACACAUUAGGCUCUCAAUCAUAUCACUCCCCUCUGCUGCAGACAACCUUUUCCAGAAGUUGGAAAGGAUGUUUGUGUCCUUUUAAUGUACAAAAUAAAAGUUGCAAAAAUGA